AGGCCAUUGAUGCGUCUAAUUCUAACGCGCCCAAUUCACCGUCAUUUUAUUGUUUCCUAAAUACACAAUAAUAUUAACCACCGCUAACAAUGGUUUCCCACUCGCUUGCACUGCCGAUGAUCUGCUUCACCACGCUCUGGGGGCUGGUGGGGAUCGUUGCACCAUUCCUGGUGCCAAAAGGACCGAACCGGGGGGUCAUCAUCACAAGUCUGGUGCUCACAGCUGUCUGUUGCUAUUUGUUUUGGUUGAUAGCAAUUCUGGCCCAGACCAACCCUCUGUUUGGCCCUCAGCUGAAAAAUGAAACUAUAUGGUACUUACUUUACUUCUGGGAGUAAAGGAGCCAGGGCUACCAGGUAUUAAAUACCCGGAACUAUCUGUCGUCAUUCCGGUCUUGGUGUUCCAGAUGAAGCCCCUCCCCCUCAUCCUCAACAAAUCACCGCUCGGUACCAACAUCACUGUUACCGUCAUUCCCCUCACACUUCCCCUGAAGGUCCUCACAACGUUGUUGUGAAUAUUGCAGGAACGUCCCUAGUGUAGUGUUGGAAGUCACCAGCCAAGGUUGUGUAUAGGAUGUUAUUUUGUGAUGGUUUUACAUAAGGUCCAUUGUGUGUUGCUUAGCCUCUCAUGGUGGCCGUGUUCUGCGUAAAUAUUUUGAAACGUAUAGUCUGUUAUUUUUUUGCAGUUAUUUUGUUUACAUUUGUGCGAGCAUGUGGCUAUCAUCAGGGAACACUUUUUUUUAUUUAACUUUUAGUAUUUAUUCAGGCGCUCACAUGAGCUUGAGAUGUUCAUGCAGUCUGACUUACAGGAUGUGAAGUGUGUGUGUAUGCGUGUGUAUGUUGGUUCGUAUGCAUGUCUUUGUGUGUGUGUGUGUGUGUGUGUGUGUGUGUGUGUGUGUGUGUGUGUGUGUGUGUGUGUGUGUGUGUGUGUGUGUGUGUGUAGGUAAUAUAUUACUAAAUGGGUAUGUGUGUGUCUGUGUGUUUAUGAGGUGCAUGGGAAGCGGUAUCUGGUAAAUGUUUGGACCCAAGCCGUCAGAAUCUCGCGGAGCCGACAUUUCUCUUUCACCCCCAUCCACGUCAUGUUAUUUUUGGUCCCUGUUGCCAUGGAGAUCCUACUGACCCCCCCAGCUACUUGUCCCUACCCCUAAACCCAAUGUGUGCGGCCCAAAGUAAAAUUAGGAAAUCACUUUUGACCCAAACUUGGCUAUAGCUGUGAUGACAGGAUAGAGAGAUGCGAUUGAUAAUAACAAAUUAAGAAAAGUACCAAUGACAGUAAGGAUUUGGGUCCAAAUAAGGUCUGCAGAUAUUUAAUACGACAGGGAACACACAGGAGGAGAUUUUCCUGCUUUAGAAGACCUCUAUGUCGGUUACACCAGUGACUGGGAGUUAACAUCAGACAUCUGACCAUCCCCAACCUGGAGUCUGUAAAUGGUAAAAUAAAUCCACCAGAUGCACUCGGCAUAAGUGCAUUUGGUGGAUACAAUAGGCUAAUGCCUCUGUAUCGUGCCAGGGAUAAAUUUCCUCUAGCAACCGGUACGCUAUAUUUAGCUUAAUGCUUGGUAGCUGACUCUGUGUUAGCUAGCACCCUCCAUAUCCCAGGAUUGUUAUGCAUGUUAAAUCCCUUGAACGUAGGCAGCCAUGGAGUUUCAACUCCCCCAACAUCUGCCCACGAGCAUCACAGCCCCUCCACCCCCCACCCACACACUCCCACCACCACCACUACUUACCACCCACCUGCUCCUCUCUAAAACCACCUUUGCUUCAGCCAAAAAUAAUCUUAAAAUCAAUAUAUACAGCUACUUCUUAGAAAGACCAAAUUGUGUUCUAUCUUUUCCGUUAAUUUCUGUUGGCCCGUAGUUGUGUUGGUGACAUUUUGUCCCAGAGGGAUUGCCCGCGCCUCCCCUACCCUUCUCCUCUGUUCUCCUCCGACCAUGGAGUGACCAUGACAAG